AUGGCGACUAGCUUGGAAAAAAGAAAGAUGGUGACAGUGCUGAGCAUCGAUGGAGGUGGCAUCAAAGGAAUCAUUCCCGGCACCAUUCUUGCCUUUCUUGAAUCCAAGCUUCAGGAAUUGGAUGGCCGGAAUGCAAGACUUGCCGAUUAUUUUGAUAUAGUUGCAGGAACAAGCACAGGUGGGUUGGUCACUACCAUGCUUACAGCUCCCAACAAGGACAAGCGACCUAUGUACGAAGCAAAGGACAUCAACAAUUUCUACUUUGAACACACACCUAAGAUCUUCCCUCAAAGUAGUCAAAAGAAUUUCUUGACAUCGAUUCAAAGUGCGGUUGGUGCUAUGAUGGGUCCAAAGUACGAUGGGAAGUACCUGCGCACAAUGACGAGCAAGCUGCUUGGUGACCUUACUCUCAAGGACACUCUAACCAAUGUGAUCAUCCCAGCUUUUGAUAUCAAACACCUUCAACCUGUGAUUUUCUCAACCAUUGAUGCAAAAGAAUGUUCUCUGAAAAAUGCAAAGCUUUCGGAUAUCUGCAUCAGUACCUCUGCAGCUCCAAGUUUUCUCCCGGCACACUACUUCGAAGUCCAGGACAACCAGCUGGGAAAAACCCGUACUUUUGAUCUCGUUGAUGGUGGAGUUGCUGCAAACAAUCCUACAAUGAUGGCUGUAAGCCACAUAAACAGAGAGAUGUUGAAGCACGGGUCAGAACCCAUGGAUGCUAAUCGGUUGCUAGUGCUAUCGUUGGGCACAGGCACUGCCAAAUUCGAGAGGAAGUACAGCGCAAUUGCGGCCUCAAAAUGGGGUUUGAUCAAUUGGAUGUUUCACAAUGGCAACACACCUAUGAUCGACAUUUUCUCCGAUGCAAGUUCCGAUAUGGUUGACAUUCAUGUCUCAACUCUCUUUCAGUCCCUCAAUGCCAAAGACAACUACCUACGUAUUCAGGAUGACAGUUUGAGCGGCGAGGAGGCAUCGAUGGAUAUCGCAACAGAGAAGAAUCUGAAGAGGCUCGUGGAGAUUGGGAAGGGGCUGCUGAAAAAGCCGGUGUCGAGGGUUAAUUUGGAUACCGGAAAGUACGAGAAAUGUGAAGGAGAAGGUACGUACGAAGAAGCACUGGUUGAUUUUGCCAAACGGCUCGUGGAGGGGAAGAAGCUCAGGCAACACAAAUGAAACUCCCCGGCCACAAGAUGGGGUUCUAGUCCACCUGAAUGUUACUUUAUAGCUGUAUGCAAUGCGUGAAAAAAGUCGUGGAUUAAUUCAUAUUAUGCUUGUAUAUUAUGUAUGUAUGAAAAGACCGAGUUCGAAUCAAGCAUAGUGGAAGAAUCUUAUUAGGGUUCACUGGUAUAGGUUCUUCUACGAAUGUGCAAUCUGUUGAUAUAUGGAUUUCUUAAUUGAUUAGUCGCUUAAUUACUAGGAUCACUGAACAUGCUCAAGUGAAAAAUAAAUCAGUGGUUCUAGACUUCUAGUCAAUGAGAAUUUCUAAAUUUCUAAUGUUGAUCAUGCUGUAAGUACGAGCUGGCAGUGUAAAGCGUGAUGAU